AUGGAAUCAGUGAAACGGGCUAACCAACGGCUUCGUAACUACCCGCUUCUCAUGGCCAAAUGCUCGGUUGCUGCGGCUGCAUACGCCACCUGUGUCACUACCGAUCUGAAUGUGGCACACCGGUCAUGCGAUAAAGAGUUCCACAACUUCAAAGAGUGCAUGAGAAAGGCCGCUAGCGAUAUGAAAUCAAAGCUGUAG